GAGCGAAGGACGCGACUUCCCUCUUGACAAGCGGAGCGGUCGCCAUCUAGUCGGGUUCAGAUCGGCGGAGCGGGGUAGGCGAUCACGACACAGCGAAGCACCAGUCAUCCGAGCCGACCCAGUCAGGUUAAUCAAAGUGAGUCCAAGCUGUGGUUCCCGGUGACUCUUCAGCUGUGCCGUGUGACAUCUGGUUUGUGCCUUCCGUGAAAAAUAACAUUUAACAUGUCCGACAACAUCAGCCUCCCUGCUAAGCUCAUCAAUGGUGGAGUUGCUGGAUUGAUUGGAGUUACCUGUGUUUUUCCGAUUGAUCUGGCUAAAACCAGGCUGCAGAACCAAAGGAAUGGGCAGCGUACUUACACCAGCAUGAUGGACUGUCUAAUUAAGACCAUGCGAUCUGAAGGAUAUUUUGGAAUGUAUAGAGGUGCAGCUGUGAACCUUACAUUGGUAACGCCCGAAAAGGCCAUUAAACUCGCUGCUAAUGACUUGUUUCGUACCUAUCUGUCAAAAACUGGUAAGGGUUUAAAUAUAUUGGGUGAGAUGCUAGCUGGUUGUGGAGCAGGCCUGUGUCAAGUUAUAGUCACUACUCCUAUGGAGAUGCUGAAAAUUCAACUUCAAGAUGCUGGCAGACUAGCUGCUCAGCAGAGAUUGUUACUGCCUUCUUGUUCCACCACUAAAAUCGUAGCCAGCAAUCCAGUUUUGAGUCGGGCUUACAAUGUCAGCCCUGCUACUUCCUCCAGGCCAGCAUCUGCAACCCAGAUUGCCAAGGAUUUAUUCCACUCCCAAGGGUUUAGAGGACUGUACAAAGGAUUAGGAGCAACUAUACUGAGGGACGUUCCAUUCUCUGUCAUCUAUUUUCCGUUGUUCGCCCAUCUGAACAAACUUGGGCAAAAUUCAGUGGAUGGGAAAGUGUCCUUUGUCCAUUCAUUUCUAUCUGGUUGCAUCGCUGGAUCUGUUGCAGCUGUGGCUGUCAAUCCAUGUGAUGUGAUCAAAACACGAUUCCAGUCUCUACAUCGAGGGGCAAAUGAAGAAGCCUACAGUGGUAUUGUGGAUUGUGCUAGGAGAAUCUGGAGAAACGAAGGUCCUUCUGCAUUCCUGAAGGGGUCAGGCUGUCGGGCAUUAGUUAUUGCACCUCUUUUUGGCAUUGCCCAAGUGAUCUACUUUAUAGGAGUUGGAGAGUUCAUCUUGGGCUUUUCACAUUUCGAAGUGUAUUGAUCUGACAUCAUCCAUUCCUGAAGAACUACCUUGUACAAUGAGCAAUGCCAAACAUGUAACCAAGACACUACUGCCUUGAUUGGAAGGUUCACGAUGACUUUGCUGUUCACAUUGGUGUUGGGAAGGUGUUGGGAGGUAGAGGAAGCAUAUUGCAGGAUGGUUGGUGUGUGAAGAAUGUCUUGUGUUAUGAAAGAAUGGUUAAACCAAGGGGCCAAACUUUGUUCUCUAGCUCCGUAUUCAUUUUUUACUCAUGAAAAAUUGGAAUGCAUCUUUGUACAGUUAACAGUAUUUAAAACCUUUUUAUACAUUGAUUACACUUUCUGAGCCUGUGAAGUAACCCUAAUUUAAACUAAUUACCCCAAGUAGGCACAUUGAAGUGUAAGAAAAAGAGCAACUAUCUGAAAUUGUGGGCAAGAGCCGAAGUAGUGACUUUAGCCCUUAUCACCCACCUUGUUUUGCCCUGAGAACCAUUACUGUUGGUUUCACAACCUGUCACACUUCCUCACCUGAGAGAUUGCUAAUCUCAGCAUUGAACUGCCCACACAAACAUGGCAGAGACAAUCAAUGUUACCUUGUAGGAAUGUCUGCUUAGGAACUAAUCCAUUGUGUAUUCCACCCCCUCCCCCAAGUACUUUAGCAGGCCAUCUUUGUUCCUCUUCAAUGCUGAUCAUGAGCCAUGUUUCCUGUAAUUGGUUCAACUAAGACUCACCAAUUUAACGUGUUGAUGUUACUGUAGUGAUGCAUUAAAAUAGGUCAUUCAAGGCUGAGGUCCACUUGAACAACAUCUAUUCCUCAUUGGCUCUAUCAGAGCAAAAGUACCAAUGUGAUUAUAUACAAUUAAAUAACUCAUCUCCAAAUGCCUGUGGGUUAUUGAACUGUCAGAUGACUGACAUUUUCACUGAGGAAGGGGGGCAGUGUCAAUUUCUGGCAGUUUAGUUUGUAACUGCUCCUUUACCUGGGUGUUUUCACUAUUGAAAUGGCAUUAAACAAACAGUGCCUCUGGUAAUAAUUUAUUUAAUGGUGCCUUUUAUGCUGUUAAACUGGUUACCAUACGGAGCACCAUACUCAGACUGUAUACUUGGAAGUAAGACUACUUGCAAAUUUUAAUUUCAUCUGUAAGAAUAAACUCAAUUUUAUAAUC